AUGAAGGUGGUCAACCUCAGGUGGAUCCAGGAGGAGAAGGAGAGCUCGGAGCAGCGGGCCGAGGAGACUGACAGCAGGGCGGGCGGGGCGCGCUUAGGCAGCCUUCGGCGUUUUAAGUCCCUGAGCUCCCUCAACCUGUGUCCUGCCUCCUCACUUGCCGGCUCCUGCCCGCCCAGCAGAGAGCGCUCCCCGCCCCGAAGGAGGCGGCACAGCCCAGCGCUCCAGGGAGACCGGCUGGGCGUCCUGACUCCGCUGCCAGCUUUAAUGGAAGAGGAAGAAGACGACGAGACCAGCAUCAAAGGUGGAACCUCGAGCCCUGCCUCGCCACGGUCCCUUCGGCUGGACCGGCUGCACACGGGGGCGCUGCGCGCGGCCGGCCCCGAGGACGUCAGGGACGCCCGCAACUCGACCGGCUCUCAGGACGGCCCCGGGGGCAACCCCAGCAGCAGCACCAUCAGCCAGGACUCGCUGCACAAAGCCGCGAAGAAGAAGGGCAUCAGGUCCUGCAUCGGCCGCUUGUUUGGCAAGAAGUAAAAGGGCCGGCCUGGACUCCCGGCAGGGAGGCCUUAGGACCAGGCAGGACCUUUACAGCUCGCACCACCUGGAAAGGCCCCGUGAACGCUGAUGCAGAAAAGAAGGGCUGCUCCUAAGUUAAACUGGAAGAGCAGCAAGCUCAGGUUGUAACGAGGAAACCACACGAUGAGCGACAACAGUGCGGACAGAAACAAGCAGGGACGCCUUCACCCACAUAAAGAAAACAAGU